AUGGCCCACCAGUAUUCCAGAGUCAAGUACAUCCUUCGUGGCAGGACUGUGAUGUCGUACUCCCCCGCCGGAUUCGCAGCACUGUCUCCAGCGAGGGCACCAGCGACACCUCCUUCGCCAAACAACGACGGCCUUUUUGGCUUCUUCACGCAAGAAACUCCACCACAGCAACUGCCACCACCGUCGCCAAUGGUUGCCACUGGAAAAGGUAAAAAGAAGGAUGAUCGUCUUUUUGAAACACCUGAGAAAGAGAAUAAGAAACCGGCAAGCAAGAGGGCCCCCCACACACCCGAAGAUGCCCCUCCUCUCAAAAGGAACGAUGCAGUCCCCUCCAUCGAGAAGCAGAUCAAUCGUCAGCUUGCCGGACUGGAUCAAGAAGGAUCGUUCACCGGCGGACACCAGGAAAUGGGUGAGUCACCAUUUAUGUUCCUGCUCGCAGAUACGUUUGUCACAAGCAGAACCAAAACUCACCGACUCGGUUGGUGGAAACGGAAAGCAUCGCCAAAGUCGGUGACUUCCCUGUCUUCAGACGAGGACGACCAUGCCAUCAGCGAGGGCACCUUGAAGAAAUGGUUGAUCGAAGAGUCCCAAAACAAUGCGAGGAUUCUGGCCAAGAAGGGUCCCGCCACUCCACACAGAAUGGGGGAACCGAAGCAGCCGAAGGCCAAAGCUGAACAGAAGAAGCCCAAGCUGCCACCUGGUGGGAAAACUAGGAUCGAUGACAUCAUGAGGAUUGUGCGCAAGGACAUCACCAAUCAGUUCACCCAAAACCCUCGAAUGAUGGAGCUCUCUGCUGGAGAAAUCGCUAACAGAAUGGAGGAGGUUUCUCUCACACUGUCCUUGGAGGCAGCAGCACUGCCCUCGGCAGUGAAUCAUGCGAGGAAUGUGGCAGCAAAAAAGAAGAACCAACAAGAUGCUUAA